UUUCUAUAUAUAUUGAACCCAGCACCCGUGCUUCUUUCGCAAAACAUAAAUCACUUUAGUCAAUCCUCAAGUCUUGAUCUUCCAAAGAGAAUUCAACAAAGAAAAGAAGAAAAAUUUCCCUUGCUUGAAACAUGCAAAGCCUAGACACUUGUGUUUUCAUUCUUGCCUUUAUUAUUUCACCAUAUUUAUGUCAUAGUGUUGGUACCAACACAAUUUAUAAUGUGAUAAACUAUGGUGCUAAGGGAGAUGGCAGAUCAGAUGAUUCACAAGCCUUUUUAAGAGCAUGGCAAAGCACGUGUGGAGCACAAGGAGCAGCAACUCUACUUAUACCACCAAACAGAGUAUUCUUGGUGUCAAGCUUAAUACUAAAGGGUCCUUGCUCCGCCGCAAUUCAAAUUCAGCUUCGAGGGAAAAUAGUUGCACCUGCGAAAGAUGCUUGGGUAGGAGGAUAUAAGUAUACUUGGAUUUUGAUCUCAAACAUAAACGGUCUUACAAUUGAAGGAAAUGGAGGAUUACUUGAUGGCGAUGGUUCCACAUGGUGGGCAUGCAAAAAUUGUCCACGACCAGCGGUCCUUUCUUUCCAAUCAUGCAAUCGUCUUAGUGUUAGUUACUUGAACAUCAUUAAUAGUCCAAGAGCUCACAUAGGCAUAAAUCAAUGUCAGGGAGCCAUAUUCUCUAAUAUUAAUAUUCAUGCUCCUGGUAAUAGUCCCAACACUGAUGGAAUUGAUAUUAAUUCUUCCCAAAAUAUCAUGAUAAGAGAUUCCUUUAUAGCAUCUGGUGAUGAUUGUAUUGCCAUCACUGGUAGCUCCUCUUACAUCAAUGUUACUGGGAUUGAUUGUGGACCAGGCCAUGGAAUAAGCAUUGGCAGCCUGGGUAGAAAUUAUGAUACAAUCCAAGAAGUUCAUGUACAAAACUGCAAGUUCACGAGCACUACAAAUGGAGCAAGAAUCAAGACAUUUGCAGGUGGAUCAGGUUAUGCAAAAAGAAUAACUUUUGAGGAAAUCACAUUAAUACAGGCUCGCAACCCAAUAAUUAUAGACCAAUUCUAUGUUGGUGAGGAUGAUUUAACGAAUGGAGAAGUCCAAGUGAGUGACGUAACAUUCCGUGGAUUUCGAGGAACAUGUACAUAUGACCAAGCUAUUGACUUAAGUUGCGGCCCAUUAGGUUGUUUCAACAUUAUAUUGGAUCAAAAUAACAUUGUCUCUUCUCAACCAGGAAAGCAGGCUUAUUGUUCUUGUAAGAAUGCCCAUGGAAGUGUUAGAUCCAGUGUUCCAAAUUGUCCUUGCUUAGUACCAUGAACUCUUUCUUACCCUGAUACAUAUAAGCGAAAUAAUGAUCAGUACCAUUGCUUUAAUAAAUAUUUUCUAUUAACACCCAAUUAUGGGCUUUUAUUUUA